GUAGCUCUUCAGAAAACAAACCGCAUGCCGGUCAGACAACCUUCAGCGAACGUACGCGUGCUUGUGGCUACAUAAAAUGCAUUCUAGUGCUUCGGCUUACAAAAGUUUCAUGUUGUUGUGACAAAUAUAAACUAGUUAUUAUAGUAGGCAUACGAGUCACAUAAUAACAAUAUUAUUAGUUUCUUAAAUCUGUUUGUACUUCAACCAAGUCACGUUAACGUUACUGUAUGAGUUAUGUAACUUAAGAUAGUACAGUACUCUCCAGCAUAUUUCAUUCUCUCAGUACAACUGGCUUCAUCUAGCUACCAUACUCAUUGGACGAAUAAACAAUGAAAGUAACAAGAGAAGACAUUGAAAAAUUCAGACGGUGCGAGACAUUUGUAACAGGAUGUCUUGAAGAAGAUAAGACUAUUGGUUUGAUAGUUGAAGAGCUGAAGAACAAUAGAUGCCCAUUAAAAGAGCCACAGAAAAUUAUACAUGGAAGAUGUGGAAACCUCAGGGAGGAAAAGUCACGUCCACCAUCAGAAAGGAUUAUCAUUGGCCAUGAAGAGAUAAAGGAUGAGAAGACUGCAUUCUGUGGUUCAUUACGCCAUGAACUUUUACAUGGACUUGAUGUAUGCAAGUCAGGUUAUGAUGACAAGACAGACUCUCAUGUAGCAUGUGCUGUGAUACGAUCGUAUAACCUAUUCAGAUGUGAUCAGGAUGAGGUUAAAAGACUUGCUCCUGAGUUGGAUAAAAAGGCUAGUCGUAAAGAGCAAGCUAGAGCACGUGACCCAGAACAACUCCACCAGAAUUGUGUGUGGAAGCUUGCUGUGCAAUCUAUGAUGCAGAAUGAAAAAUUUGACAAGGAGAGGGCUACAAAUGCCAUGAAAUUAGCCUGGAACCACUGUUAUCAUGACUUGAAACCAUUCGGAAAGAGAUAUAUCGACUCCUCAGACAGAGGCCUUUCAUGAGGACAAAUAUUAUUUAAGAAAUAUUCAGUAAUCCAACAAUAAUUUGUGAUAUAUAUAUGAGAAUUAAUUUACUGAUUUGUUUAUAUAAAGUGUAAUCACAAAUAAACAUGCUUUCAUGUU